AUGCAGCAGUGGUGCCAGCAACAUACGGAGAUUUUUCCCAAGUCGCCAUCACUGGAACAGCUUCGCUGGGCCGCCUCGGUGGUUGCCAGCCGCGCCUUCGAUUCCAGCCUGAAGGCUGUCAUCCUGGCGCCCUUUGCGGAUGCCUUGAACCAUUCUGGAGUGCCGCACACGCGGAUGAGAGAUUGUGGUGAUCAUUUGGUUUUCCAUGCGGAACGUGAGAUCAUGCCCACGGAGGAAAUCAUGAACUGCUACGGCUUACAGGGCAACACCCAGUGGCUGAUGAACGGCGGCUUCUUGGAUCAGUCCCGAGACUGCGACGACCUACUGGUCACGCCUGCAGAUGUGGUCAGUGCUGUCUUGGAACAGCAAGGAAGGCAUGAAGGUGACGAUGAAGGUGAUGAAGUUGCAGAGGAUGAAGAUGAGGAAGAUGAGGAAGACAAGGAAGAUAAGGACACAUCCUUGUGCUCCAGACUAUCCUGGCUGCAGGACCAUGGCAUCGGCAGCACACCCUUCAGCCUAUCGUUGAUGGAGUUGUUGCCUGAUGACUUGGCGACCAUGAUCCUUGUGAUUUUCAUGAAUGACAGUGAGUACCUUUCAUACCAACAGCAACGUGCUGCAGGCCGUGACGCCUGUAUCGAUUUGGGUGGCACCGAAGGCGAGGAGCUUGGAGAGCGGCUCUUAGGACAUCUCUACGGUUCCUUGCUGCGCCUGGUGGCUUUGCUGCGGCAGCGCUACGAGACGUCUCUGGAAGAGGAUCUGACGAUGCUUCGGCAGCUACAAGGAACAGAGACCCAGGAACCUGAUGCCAAGCGGCGCAGGGAGACCUUGGAAGCAAAGGUGGUGAUUCCAGAUGGAAUACGUCCGGAGAACGCGCAGAACAUCCUGCAACUGCGAAUUGGUCAAAAGCGAGUGUUGCAGGCUUUGGAGAAAGAAGUGACGAAAUCCGUGGGAUCUUCUCACGCCAUGAGACGGCUGGAUUUUGGCUCAAGCGUGGUGUCUGAGAACAACUUCGGGUCCUUCCCGUUCUACAAAUCGCUUCAAGGCGAAACUCGACAGGUGUUGCGUCAAUGUCCUCCAAAGGUGGCCUUCUGCACGGCGGUGGGCUGCCAGGGUCGCAGGAGAGGAUGCAAAACACCGAGGGGGGCGGCCCCCUGGGACAACAUCUUCGGCGGUGAAGAAAUCAAGUUACCCUACAGCACCAAAGAGGUCAUGGAUUCGCUGAAAUCCAGCGUGGAAGUCUUGGUGAAGUCGGGUCUACCACGGGCGGAUGUGGAGCUUCCCGCAGGUUUACGACUGGGCUUGGAGAACGUCAUGGAUCCACUGAUUGUUCCAGAAGUCGAACCAUCAGCGGAGCAAAUUCUCCAGGCAGACAGGGAGCUGGCGCGCGCCUUCCUGGCGAUGUUCAAGAAGGCGCUGAAGAACCGCCUGAGCAUCGUCUUCCGCACCAACAAACAAGCUGCGCAAGCAAAGCAGCUGUGGGGCAAAGCCGUAGGAGAAGCGCGCGUGGUCUCCAUGGCGAAAGGUGGCACCAAGAAAGGUGCCUUUAGCUCCGGAGAAGGAGAGAUGGCUGCUUCGUUCAUCCAGUCGUUGAAGGACAUGGGCGACGCCUUUGUGGUCAUGGUCGCGCCACGGAAAGCACAGUUGGAGGCCAUCGCAAGAGCUGUGGAAGAGGUGGAUAGCAAGACGUGUUUCAUCCUGCUGAAUGCCAGAUUACGUGGUGGCCGGAAAGAUUCUCUACGUCAGGAGCUGGCGACUGCCUUCAGCCCGGCCUUCCAUGUGCGAUUGGUGGCGAAAGGCGAAGGGUUGGUCUUCCGGCAAUUGCAGGAUGGUAGCUCACCAUGGAUCCUGGCUCGGCGAAAGCUCCCAAGCACCGUUGCCACUGAGGUGUCGCGGAGCUUGGAAGAACCAAUGCCUGAUCGCAUUGAAGAGGUAUUUGCACAGUCUGCAGAUCCAUAA